AAAAACAUCAAAAUGGAAGUAGAUGAAAGUCCUGAACCAAGUUCCGACUCUAGCAGUGACAGCAGUUUGAUCCACGAGCGUCAAUUGUGGACGUUUAUGAACAAUACUAUAAUUACGUUAUUUUCAACGUUGAAUGACAAAACGUUGACUCCUUGCACCGAAGAGAGCCUUUGUCAGUUGCUUGAAUCUUUGUUGUGCAGAUUUAAUAAUUUAAAUAUUUUGGUACCUCAGAUCACGAAUGGGCCACCAUCUAAAGAUGUACAGCGCAAAUAUGAAGCAUUUACAACGUGGUUGUUUGGGACAAUGUUUUACUUGAUUAACAUACCAGUUAGUUUGGAAUCUCAUAAAAAAAUCAUAGACAUUCAAGUUUGCAUGGUGCAAAUUUUGUCUAGACUUAAUUUGGAAAUGCUCACAAAAAUAACGGCAGAGUACUUGAAUAUUCUUAAUGAAUUGAAUCGUCUUAGCUGUGAAAAUAAAAUAAGUGAAGAUACGAUACUUGAUAAAUUUAAAGCCGAUCCCAGUGCCAUUGAAUACUUAAAUCUAAUACCAUUUCCAAUUAAAUUAAAUUUUCGAAAUAUAUCAUUGUUUCAAAUAUCCAUUUUAAAGAUUAUAGCAGAAUCUGAUGUAUCUGUGUGGCCCAAAAAAAGAUUAAUUAAUCAACUUUUAGAAAUUUUAGUCCAGGCAGAGCCUAAAGUAAAAAUUGCUGCAUUACAAAUUUAUGUUAAACUCUUCCACUAUUGCUUACUAGAUAAUAACGAUGUACAGAGUAUGAUACUUUACGCAACUGAAAUUGCAAAAGCUUUGCCAAAUUGGAAUGAAAGAGGCCUUAUUCGUGUCCACGAGUUUCAACAGCAUAAAAAAACUUUUGAGCAACUAGUGUCUCUAGUUGACGAUCCUGCACACAUUGAUUUUUAUUUUGAAAUAUUCGUUAUAUUGGUCAAUUAUGCUAAUGAUUCUAAUAAACUUGAUUUGGAAACACAUAAGAAAAUUGAGGAUCGUUUGACUAAAUAUCCAAGAUUCUAUAAGGAAUUUGAUGUUGCGAAAUUAGUGGCUUAUUACGAAAAAAGUCAGCAAUUUAUGAAAGUUCUUGUAAGCCUUGUAAUUUAUGAAAUUGAAAACAAUGCAUCAAAUGUGGCUUCUAUUGAUAUAACGCAAAUCAGUAAAUUAUGGUCUUCCUUGAAAGACUGGUUUCUUAAAAACUUGCAACAUGAAAAAUACCACGAGUCCCUCAAGUUCUUAAGAUUAGCUAAUUGUUUAGAUCUCUGGUUUAUACAGAAUAAUAUUCUGUUAAAACUAAUUGAUUCUGACAUUGCUGAUGUUCAAACUAUAUAUUUAAAAGCCUUAUCUGCUAAAAACUUUGAACAUAACAAACUAGUUUUUGAGAAUUUCACACAACUUAUUUCUUUGAGAGAAGUUAAUAAAACAGAAAUUCAAAGUGUAUUAUCACUACCAUGGCUUGAUUCAAAUGUAUUGACGUCUAGAAUUGCCAAGACUCAUUUAGCUAACGGAAAAUCUUUAGACUUUGCAACGAAAGCAAAAUGUCUCACAGCUAUUAUCAGGUAUGGCAAAGGACGUCAGCGUUUAGACAUACUCAAUAUGUGUAUAACAAGUUAUGAAAUUGAAUUGGGAGUAGCUUCUGUUGUUAACUGCCCUAUGCUAUUGAUGGACAAAGACAUAAAGUUUGAUGAUAUUGUUGAAAAAAUUCUUAUACCUGCCUACAAUAGUCAAAAGCCCGUUCUUGAAGAAGUACUUGCUAAUGUUAUUGGACAGUUUGCCUGCAUAGUUUCAGGAAGUGGAUCACUCGUUAGGGAUCCAGUAGAUUUUGAAAAAUGGAUUGUGAAGUGUAAAUAUUGUGAAAAUUCUCAGAUUAACGACAAAGACGAUCCCAAAGUUGUGUCUGAAAAGUUUGAAAUUUAUUUCAACCCGUUUUUUGAUAUUUUAACUUCUGAUUCCACAAAAACUCGAUUAAAUGUAUCUAAAAACAUGAUUAGAUUUUCAAAUCACGUCAAAAGUUUCAAUAGCGAUUCAGUAGCCGAAAAAUGGAUACCAUACAUUAGCGAUGAAAACGAAGAAAUUCGGAGAAACUUCAGUGAAGUUAUUGGGAUUAUUUUAAGCAAUCGAAUUAACAUUUCACUACCCAAGAAAUCAUUUCAAGAUGAUAUACCAGAAAAUUUGGAGGAAUUCAUAAAAAAGAUAAUGGAUGUUCUUGUUAGGGUACUAAGCAAAGCGUUAGAUUCUUCUAAUCAAUCUUUACACCAGACUUUGCUGUUAACAGCCAAAAAUGCUGCCUGCAUAGAGUCGUUACACUUGACUGAACGAAGGUGUCUCAAUAUAUUUAUUUUAACGAUAUUGAAUGCAAAAUCGUCGCCGUUGGCAGUUGCACUGGCAACCGAUGCUUACAGAGAAGUUGCCAUAUAUCAAAAAGUUUCGUUAAAGACCAUCUACAUUCGCUACAAGAGAGACUUUUUAAAAUUGAUGAUGACUCUGGCGGUAUAUAAUAGAUUGAAUUAUGACUACAAUAUGUCCACGUCAAUACACAGAGUAGCCAAGUGUAUGGGUUUUCAAGGAUCUCGACAGUUGCUGCGAAAAGAUGGACCACACGCUGUAUGUUUUUUACUGCCUCAGGUAGCCAAAUGCCAAAAGGCAAUCACACUUUUUCAUGAUAUUGCCGAGCUGAUCAAUGCAGAAGAGAGUGAAAUGUUCAAGUCAUAUUUUCAGUUCAUUUGCUGUCGAGUAUUUUUAUUUGAAAGUAUCGAAGAUGGCAUUGAGAUUUUCAAGCUUGUUUCUAAAAUAACACACACUACUAUACCUGAUCUGACGGCCAACUCUUUCACGCUCAUUAUUAGCGAGUUGAUGUUGCAUUUUCACUCCCAAAAAGAGAAAGUUCUCCGGCAUUUGCAGUUUCUUUCGAAAUAUGACCAAGAAAGUGCCAGCUUUCGAUCUCAAAACGAAAUCGCUCAGUAUUUAAAUUCAAUGUUGCACGGGAUACUUGUAACGUUUGAUGCCAAUCUCUGCUCCAACUCCGAAGAAAUAAUGCAAAAGUAUGCUCUUGCGUCUUUAGCCGAGGUAAUACGUUUUAUGGGGCCAAACUACAUUACUCAGUACAGGUAUAAAAUCUUGGCCACACUGAGAACAUCGCUCAGUUUCACGAGGCCAGGAUUCAGAAGAUUAGCCUGCGAUGCUUGGAAUGCCUUUUUAAGAAAUACGUCUAUUAGAGAAUUAGGGCCUCUGUUAGCCACCAUCUGUAUGUCCUUGGUGCCGCUCCUUGAGACUUAUCCAAAGGAAACAAACUCAAUGUUGGAGUAUCUAUUUAUAAAAAAUAGAGAUCUUGUGAAGGAGCAUUUUUCUGAUCUAUUUUUUAUAAGUGAUUUAAAAACAUCAAACAUAUCCAAUAAGAUUGUAAAUCGCAUCCAGCUGACUGAACCAGAAACUGUAGAAGAAAAUUUGCAGAUAUGGCUGAAACGUUUAACGCAUGAAACAGAUGAAGUUAGAUUGAAAGCACUGCUAUAUUUGCAACAAUAUCUUGCAAGACAUCGUAACGAAAUAAACGAUUUGAUAUUAUCUGACAUCAAUGUUCAUCCACUAAUUGUAGAACUGUUGGACGUAUUAAUGAACGGAUGUCAAGAUAAAGAUGAAGCCAUUUGCGUAGCCAGUGGAGACUGCAUUGGCGAAUUGGGUGCAAUUGAGCCAAGUCUUUUACCGAGACGAAUUAUAUCUCGAGAGGACAUAAAAUUUAUACCCGAUAUCAAUCAGGAAUUUGCCUACAAUUUACUGCACGAGUUAGUAAAAGAUUAUCAAUUGCAAAAGAACACACAGAGUAUGGAUUGUUUCAAUUUGGCUAUACAAGAAAUACUAAGACUGUAUGAAAUAUCACCAGAAGGCAAAAACAGUAGAUUAUGGAAUGACUUGCCCUCAAAAAUUCAGCAUAUGAUUUUCCCACUACUAAAGUCUCACUACACAAACACAUCCAACAACGAGGUCGAAUUUCAAACACCUAUUUAUGGAUCAGAGUCGGGAUCUACCUUUGAACUGUGGGCCUUCAAUUGGAUACUCAGUAUGUUGAAAAUUUUGAAAGAUAAUACGAUCAAAAGCGUUUUAAACGCCUGCCGGCCGGCAUUCAAGCGAAGCAUUAAAAUCAUAUCGUUUUGCAUUCCGUACAUCGUUGCCCACGUUGUUUUGUACGGAUCAUUUCAAGAAGUGAGAAAAUUGAGCACAGAAAUGUUAGCGGUCGUUGCAACGAAUGAAAAAACUCAAGUUGACCAGGAGCUUUUGCGCAACAGACCUUUGCGCAUCCAAGUUGAAAAAGUGUCCAGCAACACGACUGUUUCGGAUGAAGCUAGACGCGUUCGCUGCUUACAAGUGAUAUUUUCCACCUUAGAUUACUUGCAAAGAUGGUUGAGAGAAAAACGAAAAACGCAAGACACUAAAUACGAAAAAAUUCAAAAGUUUGUCGAUGGUUUUCCGAAGCUUCUGUUGGCUCAAGGAUGUUAUCAGUCUCAUGAGUAUCACAGAGCGCUUAUAUAUCUCGAGCAGCACAUGUCAUCUAGUAAAAAAGGAUUGUCCGAAGAGGAGGAAGGAGGAUUGCUGACGAAAAUUUACACGCGACUCGAUGAACCUGAUGGGGUUUCUGGCAUUUUAGUCAGCCAAGAUCAGUGCCCGACUCUCCAACAAUUGAUUUUAGCCCACGAAGUCAACCGCCAGUUACAAGAUGCGGCCACUUGCUACGAAAAAUUGUUGCAAAGUGCAUCUUCCAAACCGCAGUACAUACAGGGAAUGAUUCAAUGCUACCUUGGACUAGAUCAGCCAUACACGGCUAUGAAUAUUAAAGAUGGUGUAUUGAGAAAUAGGCCCGAACUUGAAAGUCUCAUUUGCGAUACCGAACCGUUUUGGCAGUUGGCGCACUUUGGAAAAAUCGAAAGCCACUCGAGAAACGAUAUUAAAAUAAAUCUGCUCGAGAAUUUGAAAAAUCAUGUGAAGCCAGAUUUUUUUGCCAUAAAAAAACGCUUGGUAUCUCUACUAACGACAUCAUCUCGACCUGGAGCUUAUGAACAAAGUUAUUCUUAUAUUAUGAAACUCCACAUAGUCAACGAGUUUGAAAAAGCAUGCUGUAGAAUGCUCGAUGAUUUGCACAAUUUACCUAAAAUAGUCGAGGAAUGGGAAAAGCGUGAUAAAUUGAUAAACGCCUCGAGAGGAGCGGAAUUCAUUUUAGGUAUGCGCCGGGCCAUUUUGGAUUUGGCAGUACAGCUACAGUCAAAUACUGACGGUAAUAAAACUGUCAUUACUGGAGAAAUUGGAAAAUUGUGGCUUAAGAGUGCCAAAAUUGCCAGAAAGGCUGGAAUGUAUCAACAAGCAUACAUGUACAUUUUAUCAGCCACUGACUUUUGUCCACCUCAAAAUCUUUGUACUGAGCAGGCUCAGUUGUAUUGGCAAAAAGGUUCUCAGGAGGAUGCCUUGAUUACGUUAAAACGCUGCUUGACGACCUUUUUCAAACCUGUAGCGGAAUACAAAAAACAACCUCUUCACGCUUUUACUACAGAAAGAAAGCAAUGUGCAAAGGCAAAAUUACUAUGGGCAAAGUACAACGAUGAAACCUUGAAUGUCGAUGCUAAUGGCAACAUGACGAAUUACAAAGAAGCUCAUGAAGUCUGGAGAGGAUGGGAGAAGAGUUGCUUGGCCAUUGCUCGUUAUUAUGAGUGUGUGUUGGAUAGAAUGACAGAAGAUGAGCGAUUUUCGUCGGGUGGUCGAGACAUUCAAACGCAUAUAAUCAACUACUAUGGAAAAUCACUGCUAUGUGGUUGUAAAUAUAUCCAUCAGUCGCUGCCCAGAAUGUUGACUAUUUGGUUGAACUAUGCAUCACGAACCAGAAGCUUACACAUAAGCUCUGACAACGCGAUCGCGAAAACGUUAACUCAGAUGACAAAAAUCGUAGACGUUUAUAUAGAAAGAAUUCCAAGAUUUAUAUGGUUAUCGGCAUUCAGUCAAUUGGUAUCUCGAAUUUGUCACCCGAAUCGAGAAGUUCAAAAUACCAUUUUCACGGUCAUUGUUAAAUUGAUCGAACAAUACCCACAGCACUGCUUAUGGAUGAUGGCUUCAGUAUUUAACUCGGCAUAUACAGCUCGUCAAAAAUGUUGCAAGGAAAUACUUAACUGCAAAGAACUUAAGACUCUAGAAAUGAUGAAACUAAUACAAUGCUUCAAUAAGUUUUGGGAAAAACUCAUUGAAUUAUCCAACAAACACAUACCUGAGUCAAUCCAAACUACUUCUGUUGCUUUGCUUUCAAAGUCUUUGCCUAAAUUACUAGCAGAUCCCGACUUUGGGCCAGUAAUGAUACCAACGUCCAAGUUUAGACAGCUUCACCUGCCCAUGAAAGGUGUCACAAUGGAAGACCACAAUCCUUUUACGCUGAAUUGGGUACAAAUAGCUGGCAUCGAAAGUGAGGUAACUGUAAUGCCGUCACUUCAGCGUCCACGAAGAAUAACGUUACGAGGCUCUGAUGGAAAAUUGUAUUUGUUUAUGUGCAAACCAAAGGACGAUUUGCGAAGAGAUUUUCGAUUAAUGGAGUUUAACGAUAUCGUCAAUAAGUAUCUUCAAAAGGAUCCAGAAUCUCGACGAAGACGGCUGUAUAUUCGCACAUACAGUGUAGUGCCAUUAAAUGAAGAGUGUGGUUUGAUAGAAUGGGUGCCGAAUUUAGUUGGAUUUAGAAAUAUUCUUUUGGGAAUAUACAAAGAAAGAAAUAUCAUGACUUCUGCCAAAGAAUUGAAAUCCAUGUCAUGCUCUCUAAGGGAUUCCUUGGAAAAAAAGAGACAGAUAUUUUUAGAGAAACUCAUACCACGUCAUCCACCAGUUCUUGGUGAUUGGUUUCACUAUGCGUUUCCCGAUCCAUAUGGAUGGUAUGAAGCUCGCACGGCUUACAUCCGUACCGCAGCUGUCAUGUCAAUGGUUGGCUACAUAUUGGGCUUGGGAGAUCGUCACGGUGAAAACAUACUCAUCGACUCAAAAGUUGGUGAUUGUGUUCACGUGGAUUUCAAUUGCCUGUUUAACAGGGGUGAAAAUUUGGAGUGGCCUGAACGAGUGCCAUUUCGCUUAACUCACAAUAUGGUUGAAGCCAUGGGACCAUUAAAAUAUGAAGGUCCUUUUAGGCAAUCUUGCCGAACGACAAUGAAAGUUCUAAGAGAGCAAUCUAGUACACUUAUCAGUGUGCUGAAACCUUUUGUAUAUGAUCCUCUGGUUUCGUGGAACAGAAAUCAAGUUAGUGAAGCAGGUGAAAAAACAAACGAAAAGGCUGUAGAACACAUCAAAAGUAUAGAAGAGCGAUUGAAAGGUAUGGUGGUGAGUCGAGGAAAAAGACAGUCCGUGAAUCUAUAUUUGAGUGUAGAAGGUCAAGUUAAUCAUUUGAUUCUUGAUGCUAUCAAUGUCGACAAUUUGUGCCAAAUGUACAUUGGUUGGGGGCCUUUUAUGUAAAGUAAGCUUUGUCCCAGUAUUAUACUACGUAUUUUAUAGCUAUCUAUUUUUUUAUACUAAAACUUUUGAUACCAUACG